CCAAUAUGCUUCGGUUUCCAUGUCUUAUAAUUAAAUAGCUGACCAAAACCUCUCUAUAAAUUCUCUUCUUCCUCCUCUAAAACCCAUCAAACCGCAGCCGCCAUGAACGCCUUCCAACCGCCGCCGCCGACGCCGGAUUACAACGGCCUGCUCGGUCCUGACGAUACAGGAGGAUUCAGAUACGGGAUUGGAGUCUCCAUCGGAGUGCUUCUCCUCAUCACAACCAUCACCCUCGCCUCUUACUUCUGCGCACGUAACCAGCACUCUUCAGAAACAGAUCAAGAUUCAACACAUGUCCAUCACCACCACCAUGUCAUCAUUGACGUUGUCCCAGGUCUGGACGAGGACACCAUUCAAAGCUACCCGAAGAUCCUCUACUCGGAAGCGAAGAGAAGCUCCACGUCGUCGUGUUGUCCCAUUUGCUUAGGAGACUACAAGGGGAAUCAUCUGCUGCGGCAACUACCAGAUUGCAAACACCUCUUCCACCUCAAAUGUAUCGACACGUGGCUUAGACUCAAUCCUACGUGUCCUGUCUGCAGGACUUCGCCGCUUCCUACUCCUCUCCCCACUCCCCUCGCCGAGAUUGUUCCCUUAGCCUCCUCCGUCGCCACCACCAGGAUGUCAUGAUUAUUUUAUUAUACUCCGAAGCCAAAAGUAGUGUUCAUGAUAUAUAUAUAUCUUCUUGAAUUUUUCUUUAUUUCCUUGUAAAGUUUUCAUUUUUGUUCACUAAUUUGAUCAUCGUAUAUAUUCUUUGAAACCAAAGAUUUGUAAAAGGAAGAAA